AUGAUAUAGAUAAAUGUUACCAAAUGUUUAAGUCCUAAACUUUAAGGGUUUAAUUGCUUUAAUUUUUCAACUUUGAAAAACUAUACUCUAAGCUUAAGUAAAUCAGAUAAUAUAUCUACAAAUAUAAAUUUACUUAUUUACAAAUGCUAAGAUGUAGGCGAAUUCAAAACAUUCAUGCCAAAUAAUUGUGCAGAUGAUUAAGAUUUUAACUCUAUUAUUAAUAAUCCUUAUGCUGAUUUUCACAUGAAACUCAAAACAAAUUAGUAUAAUACCACAUCUUAAGGAAUUUAAGUAAACUACAGAAAUUCAUAUGCAUUUAUUUAGGAUAGCCAAUUUAAAUUGUAUACUUAGAAAAUUUAAAAGCAGGUAACUAAGCUCAAGUAUGGUGCAAUAAUUCAAAGUGAAAGCAUUUUUUCUUCUCCUAUACAAUAUGAUGUUGAAAAUUUUAAUUUUGAUAGAUAAUCUAUUAUAUAAUCAGUUAAUUAAACUGCUUAUAUGUUGAUUAUUAUUGAGAUGGAUAUAAUUUCAUACAUACAAAUUUAGUUUUCAACAUUUACUUAAAUUCUUGCUCAGUGCAACAGUACAUUAGCUUUUUUAAUGUAUUUAGGAUUUUUAGGGAGGAAAUUUGCUUUGAAAUUGAUGAGAGAAGAAAUUUUUCUUCUUUUGUUGUAAAAUGUUUUUCAUGGGACUGAUGAGAGAAUUUAAAAAAAAAAUAAAUUAAUUGAUGAGUUAAAUUGUAAAUCUUUUUAAAAUUUUAUUUAAUAAAACUAAAUAAAGUCAGAAUAAAAAGAAGAGGACUUAUUGAAAGAGAGCAAUUACUCCAUUUUUAUUCCUUCAUUUGACACUAAAUCUAUAAAAUCAGUUGAUAAUUAACAUACUAUAAUCAAAUUCUCCAUAAAAAAGAGACAAUUUUGUUGA